UGAAAACCUUGGUGGGUUUCUCAUUUUCGCUACUCUGUAGAGAGAGAGAGAGGAAUUGGUGUGAGAAAUGCUGGCGAUCGGUAGUCCUUCAAGCAGCUUGUUUUCAAGCUCCAGCUGCAAUACUCUGCUCAGGGAACUUCAGCAAUUAUGGAUUGACAUUGGAGAAAGUGAAGCCGAUAAAGACCGCAUGCUUAUAGAAUUGGAGGCUGAAUGCUUACAAGUUUAUAGAAGAAAGGUUGAGGAGGCUGCCAAUGCCAAGGCUCGUCUACAUCAGUCUGUUGCAGCCAAGGAAGCUGAGCUUGCAACACUUACGGCCGCUCUUGGAGAUCUUAAUAUUCAUUCGCCUAUUCAAGCUGAGAAGAGGUCAGCGUCAUUGAAACAGAAACUUGCUUCUGUGACUCCUGUGGUGGAAGAUCUGAGGAAAAAGAAAGAGGAAAGGAUAAAACAGUUGGCUGACAUACGGGCUCAGAUUGAGAGGAUCAGUGGAGAGAUAUCGGAGUACGGUUAUGCAAAUAAUGGCGCAAGCAGUAGCCUGAGUCUGGAUGAAGAAGACUUGUCCCUUAGAAGGCUUUCUGAAUAUCAAACACGCCUUCGCACUCUUCAGAAGGAGAAGUCUGAACGCCUUCAGAAAGUUCUAGUGUACAUAAACGAGGUACAUUCUCUCUGUGGCGUGCUUGGAUUGGAUUUUGGAAAAACUGUCAGCGAGGUGCAUCCAAGUCUGCAAGGUACAGGUAUUGAACAAUCAACUAACAUCAGCAAUGGUACCCUGGAAGGUCUAGAACAUGCCAUUCGGAAGUUGAAAGUGGAACGCAAGUCUCGAAUCCAGAAAGUUAAAGAUAUUGUUGCAUCGUUAUUUGAAUUAUGGAAUUUAAUGGACUCCUCAAACGAGGAGAGGAGUAAUUUUUCAUGGAUCACAUCCGUCCUCAGGUCUUCAGAAAGUGAUAUUACAGAACCAGGUGUUCUGUCAAUGGAGUUAAUUGAACAGGCAUCAGCAGAAGUGGAUAGGCUCACUACUUUGAAAGCAAGUAGAAUGAAGGAACUUGUCAUGAAAAGGAGGUCAGAAUUGGAAGAUUUUUGCCGACUUGCCCAUAUUGUACCUGACACUAGCACCUCUGCUGAGAAAUCCAAUGCACUGAUAGAUUCUGGGUUAGUAGAUCCCUCGGAGCUUUUGGCAAAUAUUGAAGCACAGAUAGUUAAAGUAAAAGAUGAAGCUGAGAGUAGAAAAGAAAUAAUGGAUAGAAUUGACCGAUGGCUCACUGCCUGCGAGGAGGAAAACUGGCUUGAAGAGUAUAACCAAGACGAGAACCGAUACAAUGCUGGAAGAGGAGCUCAUGUUAACCUGAAACGAGCCGAACGAGCUCGAGUGGCUGUUAGCAAAAUUCCAGCGAUGGUUGACAAUCUAAUAAACCGAACACUGGCAUGGGAAGAUGAGAAAAGGGCUUUAUUCCUUUACGACGGAGUACGACUGGUAUCCAUACUGGACGAUUACAAAUUGACCAGAAAACAGAAAGAAGAGGAGAAGAGGAGAUUCAGGGACCAAAAGAAGCUUCAAGAUUUGCUUCUAACAGAGAAGGAAGCCAUGUACGGGUCUAAGCCCAGUCCGAGAAAAAGCAACAGCUUCAGGAAGCUAAAUGGGUAUUCUGCUAACGGGAAUGGAUCCAUGACUCCGACACCACGCCGUAAUUCAAUGGGAGGUGCAACUCCAGAGCUCCUCACACCAAGAUCAUAUUCUGGACGUCAAAAUGGUCAUUUCAAAGCAAUGAGAAGGUUAUCCACCGCUCCAUUGAACUUUGUGGCCAUAUCUAAAGAGGACUCAAUGUCAACGUAUACAUCCGUUUGCGGUUCCGAACUGGGGUCUCCACCACAUCUCUGAAAACCUGCAAUGGGACAGGUUACUUGUGCUGGAGAUUCAGCGGCGACCUUGUGAAUAGCGAAGGAAGUGUACACAGUAGCUUACCAUUGUACUUUCUCAAAGUGACUUCUUCAGUGGUGUUAACUGACAGUUGAGGAUGUGAAUCAGGUGUUUUUCCUUGAGAUUCUAGAAGCGAGUUAGCAAUUCUGUGGAUACGAUGUGGCUUUCUUUUGGCGACUGCAAGUUAUUGUUUCAUAGAUUGUAGGAAUAUAUGGCGCAUGAAGAAGUGAAAGUUUAUAUUUCAUUUCGCGGGAUUUUUUGUUAUUCGGGAGUGUCGAAUGUACAUAUAUUCAUCGUAAGUGUGGUUGAUCUUGCUUUCAA